AUGUUCAUCAAGUCUCUCCUCGCACUCGCCAUGGCCUCGACCGCCAUAGCCGGCGAGAACAACAUCAAGUUCCUGUACACCGCGUCCAACUUCAUUGGAAUCCAAGACUCCGGCAGCGGUUCCACCUCUGGCUUCACCCUCUUCGACAACGAUAACAACAUCCUCUUCAACAGCGCAAACCCCAUCGGCUACUCCCCCUGCACGCGCGACACCAACCAUCUCCACAUUACCUCGGACUGCUGGGAGGGAACCUACGACUUCAGCUGCGGGUCGUCCUUCAGCGGCAUGCCCGGUGCAUGCAGCGUGUACGCCCCUGAUGGAUCGGAGACCAAGGGCGAGGCGGACAACGACCUGACCUUCAUUGGCAUUGCCUCUGGCCAGGACGGCACCUGCAGUGGCACCAUUAAGACGACCAGUGAGGGCGAGUGCACGAAGGAUAGCCUUGUGAAGAUUGAGCGCCGCUACCAAGGAAAGUACACUGGUGACAGAUAG